AUGUCUAAAUCAUCAACGUCGAAGACGUCAAAUCUUGGCCAAGAAAUGGCCCGCUUCACACAAAGGACCUUUAUGGGCAUGACAUUCGAGACGACCGAAAGAUAUCAACAAUUGGAGCCCAUUGGCAUGGGUAUAUCGGGCCUUGUUUGCUCCGCACGAGACCAAAUAUCACACAAAACAGUGGCUGUGAAGAAACUUGCAGAGCCUUUCAAAACAGAUAAUAUUGCCAAGCAUAUGCAUCGCGAAGUCAAGUUAUUAAAACAGCUUCAGCAUGAAAACAUUAUUCACUUAAAUGAUAUCUUUAUUUCGCCUUCAGAGGAUAUCUACCUCGUGACAGAUCUGAUGGCAACGGAUCUUCAUACUCUACUAAAAACAAAAAGGGUUGAUCGGCAGUUCACGCAAUAUUUUAUGUAUCAAAUCCUGCGAGGCCUCAAAUACGUCCAUUCAGCUGGUGUCGUCCACCGUGAUCUAAAACCAAGUAAUAUUCUGGUGAAUGAGAACUGCGAUCUUAAGAUCUGCGACUUUGGCUUGGCUCGUGUUCAAGAAACGCAGAUGACUGGCUAUGUCUCUACGAGAUACUACAGGGCUCCAGAGAUCAUGCUCACAUGGCGAAGGUACAAUGAGAAAGUUGAUCUCUGGAGCGUGGGAUGUAUUAUGGCUGAGAUGAUGCUAGGAAAGCCCCUGUUUCCAGGAAAGAACCAUAUCAAUCAGUUCAGUGUAAUAACGGAGAUCUUGGGAAGUCCACCAAGUAGUGUUAUCGCCAAUGUCACAAGCCAAAAUACUUUGAGUUUCCUCCAAUCUUUGCCUCAGAGAGAUCGAAAACCUCUGUCUAAAUUGAUACCAGGUGCCAAUGGGAAGGACAUUGAUUUACUGGACAAUAUGCUUCAAUUCGACCCAGAGAAGCGUUGUUCCGCAGCCGAAGCACUGACCUCAGAAUACCUUGCACCAUAUCAUGACCCAAGCGAUGAGCCAUCGGCCACGCAAACCUUUGAUUGGUCAUUUCUUGAGGCAGAUCUUCCAGCCGAUAUUUGGAAGACCGUCAUGUACGCGGAAGUUUUGGGAUACCAUGAACUGGCAGGUGCCCCAUCACGACCUACGGUUCCAAAUUAUGAGAUGGAUUUAGGUUAA